AAAAAACUCAAGCCCGAGGAAAGGAACGAGAACCUUACUCUAAGCAUCAAUUCUGCACAGGCAACUUAAUUUGCUUUUGUCAACAUUGGAACUCAAGAAUCCAUUGAAGGAAGGAUGUGGACACUAGAUAAGCAUGCAUAUGACUCGCUUGAUCAAACUCCGCCACCAGGUGACAAACCAGAGCUUCAGGGUAUGGAACUGGUGCAUGUCACUUGCACAACGGUGCGCAAACAUGCACCAAUUCAAAGUUGUUCAUGCCAUUUUCAUCACAUGUGGUCUCCACCGCAACACCUAUGCCGUUAGCAAACUCCUGGAGUUUUGUGCCCUCUCUAAUUUUCGUGACCUUUCCUACGCCUCUCAGCUCUUCACCCAAACCCAAAUGCCCAAUUUGUUUAUCUACAACACACUCAUCAGGGCCUACUCUGAUAGCUUGCAACCCCGUUUGUCCUUGCACUACUUCAACCUAUUGGUACGCAAUAAUGAGCCUCUCUCGCCUGAUAACUAUACCUUUCCGUUUGUCCUCAUUGCUUGUUCGAAUGGCUUUCUAGUGCCUGAGGGUAAGCAAAUACACUGUUUGGUAGUAAAAAAUUCUCUGUCUUUCUCUGAUCCUCACGUGCAGACCGCGUUGAUAAGGUUUUAUGCAGGAUGUAAGGUUUUAGAUGAUGCUCAGCAAGUGUUUGACGAAAUUGCUAGCAUAGAUGUUUUUCAAGCUAAUGUUCUUAUUAGUGGAUACAUUAGAAAUGGUUUGGCCUCUAAGGCGUUGAGUGUAUUACAAGGCAUGUUCGUGCAUGGAGUUGAGCCCGAUGAGUUUUGUGUGACUUCAGGACUUGCAGCUUGUGCUAAUUUAGGGGCUCUUGAUCAAGGGAAAUGGAUCCAUGAGUACAUCAAGAAGAAAAACUGGCUAGAGUCUGACGCAUUUGUUGGGACUUCCCUUGUUGAUAUGUAUGCUAAGUGUGGGUGUAUUCACACAGCUGUGGAAGUGUUUGAGGCCAUGCCUAAAAGGACUAAGCAUUCAUGGGCAGCAAUGAUUCGCGGGUUUGGGAUACACGGCUUUGCCAAGAAAGCAAUUGAUUGUCUAGACAGAAUGCAAGUGGAAGAUGGACUUAAGCCCGAUAGCAUUGUCCUUCUCGGAGUCUUGGUAGCUUGUACACAUUCGGGGCUUCAAAAAGAAGGCCAACUUUUGUUGGAUAGGAUGGAACCCCUAUACUGCGUUCUUCCUCAACAUGAACACUUCAGCUGUGUGGUGGACUUACUUUGCAAGGCAGGUAAACUAGAUGAGGCCAUUAAAUUUAUUAGGACGAUGCCUAUGAAACCGCUUGCCUCUGUGUGGGGGGCACUGUUGAGUGGUUGUCGGGUUCAAAAUAAUGUUACCCUUGCCGAACUUGCUGUGAAGGAGCUUUUGUUGUUAGAGGACGGGAAUGAAGCUGAAAAAGGUUGUGCUUAUGUUCAGUUAUCCAACAUAUAUCUCGCCACACAUCAGUCCAGUGAUGCACGUAGGAUCAGAGCAAUGAUAGGUGAUAAAGGUCUCAAGAAAACACCAGGAAUCAGUGCAAUUGAGGUUGAUGGGGAAGUUAAUGAAUUUGUUUCAGGAGAUGUUUCGCAUCCACAUUUAGUUGAGAUUCAUUCAGUGCUUGAUUUAAUGUCUCUGGAAAUAUCCACCUCCCUUGUUAACAGCAGAGCUUAAUAUUUUCAAUGGUUUCUAUAUUUAAGGUUCAUUUUACUUCAA